CCCGGCCGCCUCGCCUGUAAUCUUCCGGGUCGACAUAAAGUUCGACCGAGCUGCAUCCACAAAAAAGACACCUGAACCCUGCAAAGGAGGAGUGCUGACUGCCCUGCUGACCUCCUGCUGUGUGUGUGUGUGUGUGUGUGUGCACCAUGGCCAGCCUCCUACGCGUGAUUGUGGCUGGCUGCUCGGCCCCUGUCUUCAGCGGGGCGUCCUGUUUAAAACUGCAGAGUGCCCCGGCUAUCAAAACAACAUGCGUACGAUUUUUCAGGACCCAUCACGCCCUCGGAAAAUGUGCCAGUCCAGGAAUUCCAUACAAGCAACUCACAGUUGGCGUCCCAAAAGAAAUUUUCCAAAACGAGCGACGGGUGGCUUUGUCUCCUGGUGGUGUCCAGGCACUUAUCAAGCAGGGGUUUAAUGUCGUCGUGGAGGCCGGUGCAGGAGAGUCUUCAAAGUUCCGAGAUCAGCAGUAUGCCCAGGCUGGAGCUACAAUUAAAGACCUUAAAGAUGUAUUUGCAUCUGAUGUGUUGGUCAAGGUCCGUGCUCCUGUUUUCAACCCCGACUUGGGUAUCCAUGAGGUGGAGCUGAUGAAGGACGCUGCGACUUUGAUCAGCUUCAUCUACCCAGCUCAAAAUCCCGAGCUGAUGGACAUGCUGUCUCAGAAGAAAACCACUGUCCUGGCUAUGGACCAGGUACCCAGAGUCACCAUCGCCCAGGGUUACGAUGCCCUCAGCUCCAUGGCAAACAUUGCUGGGUACAAGGCUGUUGUGCUGGCUGCAAACAACUUUGGCCGUUUUUUCACGGGACAAAUCACUGCAGCUGGGAAAGUGCCACCCGCCAAGGUGCUAAUCAUUGGAGGCGGAGUGGCUGGACUAGCAGCAGCCGGCAGCGCCAGAGCCAUGGGAGCCAUAGUUCGAGGCUUUGAUACCAGGGCGGAUGCUUUGGAUCAGUUCAAGUCUUUGGGUGCCGAGCCGCUGGAGGUAGACUUCAAGGAGUCUGGAGAGGGGCAAGGAGGCUACGCCAAAGUGAUGUCAAAAGAGUUCAUUGAGGCCGAGAUGAAGCUGUUUGCCAAACAGUGUCAGGAGGUGGACAUUGUUAUCAGCACCGCACUCAUUCCUGGUAAGCGGGCCCCCAUCCUUAUCACCAAACCAAUGAUAGAGAGCAUGAAGGACGGAUCUGUGGUGGUGGAUCUGGCUGCUGAGGCCGGAGGAAACAUCGAGACCACAGUGCCCGGGGAGCUGUCUGUACACAAUGGUGUGACCCAUAUUGGCUACACAGAUCUGCCCAGCCGCUUGCCCACACAGUCCAGUACACUUUACUCGAACAACAUCACAAAGCUGAUCCGCGCCAUAAGUCCUGACAAGGACAACUUUUACCUUGAUGUCAAGGAUGUGUUCGACUUCGGGACCAUGGGUCACGUUGUCAGAGGCUCGGUUGUCAUGCAGAAUGGAAACAUCCUCUUCCCGGCUCCACAGCCCAACAACAUGCCCACCGCUGCUCCUCCGAAGCCGAAGUCUGUCAGGGAACUGAAGGCCGAGAAGACUUCCCAAAUCUCUCCCUUCAGGGCAACUCUCACUUCUGCUAGCGCGUACACUGGAGGCUUUGCCACGCUGUUGGGUUUGGGUCUGGCGGCUCCUAAUGCCGCCUUCACGCAGAUGGUCACCACCUUCGGCUUGGCAGGCAUCGUGGGUUACCACACCGUUUGGGGCGUCACCCCUGCACUCCACUCACCGCUCAUGUCCGUCACCAAUGCCAUCUCAGGUCUGACGGCCGUGGGUGGUCUGUCCCUAAUGGGAGGUGGCUACGCACCAACAAGCACUGCAGAGACGCUGGCCGUGCUUGCCGCCUUCAUCUCCUCAGUCAACAUAGCUGGUGGUUUCCUGGUGACUCAGAAGAUGUUGGACAUGUUCAAGCGUCCCACCGAUCCCCCGGAGUACCACUACCUUUAUCUGCUUCCGGCUGGUGUCUUCGUGGGCGGAUACGCUGCAGCGCUGCAGUCGGGAUACAACAUUGAGCAGAUGAUUUACUUGGGCUCCGGAAUGUGCUGCGUCGGCGCCCUGGCUGGCCUCUCCAACCAGUCCACAGCCCGCCUGGGUAACGCCUUGGGUAUUAUGGGAGUCGCCGGGGGGAUUGCCGCCACUCUGGGUGCACUCAAGCCGAGUCCCGAGCUCCUGGCGCAGAUGACCGCCGCCAUGGCUGUUGGCGGCACCGCUGGCUUGACCAUUGCUAAGAGAAUCGAGAUCACUGACCUGCCCCAGCUGGUGGCUGCCUUCCACAGCCUGGUGGGUUUGGCGGCCGUGCUGACCUGCGUGGCAGAAUACAUGGUGGAGUACCCUCACUUCGCCACAGACCCUGCGGCCAAUCUCACAAAGAUAGUGGCCUACCUGGGCACCUUCAUCGGCGGCAUCACUUUCAGCGGCUCUUUGGUGGCAUAUGGCAAACUGCAAGGUAUGCUGAACAGCGCCCCCCUGAUUCUCCCUGCCCGCCAUGCCCUGAAUGCCUCCCUGAUGGCCGGCAGCAUUGGCGGAAUGAUUCCUUACAUGCUUGACCCCAGCUACAUCACUGGCAUCACCUGCCUCGGCUCCGUCUCCGCUCUGUCUGCCCUCAUGGGAGUAACCUUAACGGCAGCCAUCGGAGGUGCCGACAUGCCGGUGGUGAUCACCGUGCUGAACAGCUACUCGGGCUGGGCCUUGUGCGCCGAAGGCUUCCUGCUUAACAACAACCUCCUGACCAUCGUCGGCGCCCUCAUCGGAUCAUCUGGUGCCAUUCUGUCAUACAUUAUGUGUGUGGCCAUGAACCGCUCACUGGCAAACGUGAUCCUGGGGGGCUAUGGGACGUCUUCCACUGGUACUGGGAAGCCCAUGGAGAUCACAGGGACGCACACAGAGGUCAACGUGGAUCAGACUGUGGACAUGAUUAAAGAGGCCCAGAGCAUAAUCAUCACUCCAGGUUAUGGUCUUUGUGCUGCAAAGGCACAGUACCCCAUCGCCGAGUUGGUAAAGAAUCUCAAAGAUGCUGGCAAGGAUGUCCAGUUUGGUAUCCACCCCGUUGCCGGCCGUAUGCCCGGUCAGCUCAACGUGCUGUUGGCUGAAGCCGGCGUCCCUUACGACAUUGUCCUGGAGAUGGAUGAAAUCAAUGAAGACUUCCCUGAGACUGACCUGGUUCUGGUGAUCGGUGCCAAUGACACGGUAAACUCUGCCGCCCAGGAAGACCCCAACUCCAUCAUCGCAGGCAUGCCCGUGCUGGAGGUCUGGAAGGCCAAGCAGGUGGUGGUGAUGAAACGCUCGCUGGGCGUGGGAUACGCCGCCGUGGACAACCCCAUCUUCUACAAGCCCAAUACGGCCAUGUUGCUGGGCGACGCCAAGAAGACGUGCGACGCCCUGCAAGCCAAGGUCCGCGAGGCUCAUUGAGGCACGCCGGCUCACUCCACUAACCCCCUUAAACCACCCCAAACCCCACUCGCACAAAAAGGGAAAAGACACUGAGGUCCAGCAGCAUUACGUCAUCUUUGCGCGAGCCCCGUCAAAGACAACGCGACAAACCCUCACAUGAAGACAAAUGGCAGCGUUUAUUGUACACACGAUAUUUGUGCAUUUACAUGUUCUUGAUUUUAUCGUUUAGAUGAAGGAAGGAUCUGCCUUUUACAUUGUGAAGUUCCAUAUUAAUGUACAACUGCGAGAACUAGAGUACAUGUGAAAUGUGUGAAAAUGCUUUUAGGAAAUAGAUAUAAAAGGCUUUUUUUUCUUUUUCUUUUUUUUUCUUCUUCCCUUUUAAGAAUAACCGAGAAAUGACAUUUCAGAGAGCACACCAAUUUUUUGUUGACCAUUUUUUCGACGAUCACUUUUAAAGAGAUCAAUUUCCUCUAAUGCUUCUUAAACACGUACGGCAUAAGCUAAUUUUCAUUACUAUUGGGAAAUUCACAAGCAAUAUGAUCAAAAAGGUUUUGUAGUCCUUUCUUUUACAGCUUUAUACUACUGUAUUGUAUUGAAAAAAAAUUUGUAAGCGUGUUUAGAAGCCAUAUGCGCUUAUUGAAAUAUGAAUUCUCACAAUGGACCUUAAAAUAACAGCUCUUUACUGUCCCGAAAAAAGAUGUAUCUAUGUAUUCAUUAUCUGAAAACAAACCAACAAACAAAAGCUAUAUUUGUACUGAGGAUAAACAUGAGAAAUGUGGACACUGGCAUUUUAAUGGCCAGCGAUGAGAUCUUACGUCCAGAUAUUUCAGUGCACACGUGUGGAUAAGCUGUACCUGUUGUUGACAAAUGUGUGCUCUGGCAUUUAUGUCCUUGUUAUUGCCUCUUAAGGAAGUUUCCCAGCGAGACUGUUAAACCGGCCCCAUACGGUUAGCAUUCAUGACAUUGCACUCUUACAUUCAAGCUCAACUUGUACUCUUUUUAGGCUGGAUUUACUCUGCAGGUUGUCAAAGUGUCCAAUUUCCAAUUGAAGAUUCAAUUACAAUGUACAGUACUUAAAAGUUAAAUAAGAAUGUACCUAAAUGUUCAUAAAGAAACGGUUGUUAAAGUUUAAAAGCAAAUUUAUUGAACUCAAGUUAAAUACAAGUUGACUGUAUUUUGGCAGUGAGUCUUUUGUGUACCGCUAGAGGGAGCACCACACUUUGAGAAUCACUGGUCUAUGCAAUCUGAAGAUAUCCAAUUCAAUGGUUUUUUGUUUUUGUUUUGUUUUUUCAAAUUGUGCCACUUGAGAGCAAAAAAAAAAAUCUUUUGAACCAUGCAGUGUACAUCCAGCCUUAUACACAUUUGUUCCAUCACCUGAGUAGAAAUGUUGUAUAGUUUAUAUCUUUUGAGGUUAUUUAUCCUGGUUAGAGGAACAAUAAGAGGGGUCGCUCCAUUUCAUGUCUUUUGUAAAUGUACUGUAAGAAGAUCUACUGAUGUGUACUAACCCCUGGGACCCUUCUGCCAUGUUGACCAACAUUUCUCUCUACCUCUCCACACUCUUUUCCCCAUCUGACCAGUCACACGUAAUUUUCAUACUUUAUUUUUUUUGUAACCCGUCGUCGUCUUUUGCGUGUCGUUGUACCAUCUGACCUCAGUUUGCUGCAGUCUAGUUGGAGUUUUUUCUGUUGUAGACGGCAAGGCUUGUUCUUUCUUACAUUAGAUUGCAUGGCAGUUUACCAGUGCUGGCGGAACAAUUAGAUUGGCUCAAUAUUUGGACGUUGUUACCCAAAACUAAAAAACUGAUCAUUUACCAAGGCAAUUGGCAAUAUACACGGUCUGAGCCCGCCCCCCCCGACAAAUACUUUUCUAAUGUUACAUUUGUGAAGCACAGCUGUUGGGAUUUGAACUUUGAAUGACCCAUGAUAGGGAAAUGUACUGUAAAUGUUCUUGUCCACUUUUGUUUAUCAUGGAGCAUCAUCCCUAAUAAAUCAACUUGUAUUUACA